GGCAUGACUGCCGGCUUCACCAUUAUUAUUGGUGUUGUCCGCGAAACUCUUCUAGUCUUCCCUCCCCACUCGUCGUCGUGCUGCCUCUUCCUCUCCUUUCCUCUCUCUUCCUUUUCUCCUCUCUCUCUCUCUUUCUCUCUCUUCCUCUUCCCUCGCUUCUUCCCAUCGCCGUCCUCUGCUUCCAUCUCUCUUUUCCCUCUUUCCAUCUCCAUCUUCUCCCUCCUAUCACCUCCCCCUCCUCCAUCCCCCCUUUCUUUCCUUCGCGUCACGCUUGUAUCGUGCCCAUCGUUCCUUCUGAAUCCACCGGAUAAAGGAUCCCAUACUUGCCUAUUCUUAUAUAUCCGUCGUUCUCUCGUGGACAGAAGGGCUUCGAGUACUUCAUCCCCCUCCUCGUGGAGUCGCUCAGCUUCUUUCUCAGCUCCUUCCUUUGACCUCGUCUCCCUUCUCGUCUAUCACUUGAGACCAGUUUCCUUCCCUCCUUCUUUGAAAAAGGAAAAGGGAAAUCAAUCCUAUAAACGGACAGACAAGGCUAUUUUAAAUAUAAAAAAAAGGAAAAAAAUAAAAAGAAAAAGUGUGAGGGAGAGGCUUCUACGUUCCCUGAAGGUAAAGAAGAAAAAGAAACACAGACAAAAACAUCACCCUGCGUGUGUUUUGUUGUUGUGUGUACUUCUUGUCGACAGCUUUCAUCGGCAUAUUCGGUCUCUCGACCACCAAAACGCCCCCUAUCGAUCGAGCUUCAGCUCCCUCUCCUUCCGUACUCCGUCCCUGUGCGAAUCAUCCCUGCAAUAACAACCACACUGGAUCUAACUGGUACUUGCGAUUUACAUUGUGUCGUUCUUAACUCGCCUCGGUUCCUUCCGUCCUUUGCAAACGGCCGUUCCACCCAGGUUCUGUCGUCGUCGUUUGCCAUUGCCUUGCCUAGGUGCCUACUGACUUCCUACGCUCGCCACCAUCAUUCUCAGAGUUGUUCGGGAGAUCGGACUAUCGUUUGAAUUUCCACUAUCGUCUCUCGGACCUCAGUACUAAUAGCAUUUCCCCUUCCGGCGUCAAUCCGUCCCGAUUAGCGAUCAUCCACCUUCCAUUAACACUCACCCCUGAUUGCUAGGGCCGUUUCUUCGUUCUCUCGGUAGUUAUAUACUCUUGAGUUAGUCAGUUCGUUUCUUCGUUUGGAUCAUGGAUCAGCAGGGCCAACCCGGGGUGCCAGGCCCCGCUGGCCGCAAACUCCAUAUAGCUCACAGGAGAAGUCCGUCUGAGCUCACUCCUCUAAUGAUGGAACAAUUGGCUAUCCAACAACAGAUUGAGCUGCUCCAGCAGCAGCAGCAGCAAAUUGCAGCGACUCAUCAACAGUACGUCAACAUGGGUCUGCUUCAGCCACAACAACUCGGCCAGGUACCGUCGCUUUCUGCAGUACAAGGUGGUGCAUCCAUAUCGGGCGUCUCGCAUCAAAUCAACGCCUUCCAGUUCCCCCAAUUGGCUCAGCAGCAACUUGGAAUUCCAGCAGCCUCCCAGAGCCAACAUUCCCAUCGACGCAACCAAACCGCCCUUCCCGGCCUUGGUUUGGGCGGCCCGCCUCCCGCCCCAUCAUCCGGGGCCUCAGGGUAUUCCGACUACGGCCAACAGCCCCAGAAGAACAACGAGAAUGGUAACCAUGGUCGCGUUCGAGGUCCUCCUGGCGGUGGUCAUCAGCGCCGCCACUCCCUGGCUCUCCCGGAGGCGAAGAAGGCUGCGGAGCUAGCCCAGCAGAAGAGAACCGCUUCUGGUUUCCAGUUUCCUGCCCCGGCUGCCGGUGCUGACAAGCAAACGACUUCUUCCGAUGAUAAAACUAGUUCAAGUUCUCCGCAACCACCGCAAGGACUCGGUCUCCAACGGGCUGGUAACAUUCGCAUGGGUUCCCAUGGUCGCAGUCAAUCCAUGGCAGUCGGUGGCAAUCGUGGUUCUCUAUCCGGCCGUGGUCUAGGCGGCUUUCAGUUCCCUCAAACGAACGAUGGGAGUCAGCCGGAUAGCCAAAGGCGUGGCGGUCUUGGCCAUAGUCGAAGUGCCUCUCGCAACUUCGACAGCAACUGGCGCCAGCCCAACAACCAAAAUCAGGGCCAAGACCAACAGAAGAGCGGCUUUGGUGGCGGCUUUCAGCCUGGUCACCGUGCCAGGGCUUCGAUCAACCAGUCAAUCAGCUCAAUUGGCUCUUUCCAGUAUCCGGGACAGCCCCAGCUUAUCCAGCUACCCCAAGGACAAGUCGUCAUGGCUCCACCCCAGAUGUUUGGUGGUCAACAGCUCAACCCCCUGCAACUCGCCCAGCUUCAGGCGAUGCAGCAAAACGGACAAUUAACCGGUCAAGGCCUCGGUCUCCAAGCCAGCCAGCAUGCCCCGCCGCAGUUGUCUGUUCAACAGCAGCAAGCGCAGCAGCAGCAGCAGCGGAAGACCCUCUUUACUCCUUACCUCCCUCAGGCAAAUCUUCCAGCCCUCCUGAGCAAUGGACAGCUUGUUGCAGGCAUCCUCAGAGUGAACAAGAAGAAUCGCUCUAAUGCUUACGUCACAACUCCCGAUCUCGAUGCCGAUAUCUUCAUCUGUGGUAGCAAAGAUAGAAACCGAGCCCUCGAAGGUGACUAUGUCGCUGUUGAGCUAUUGGACGUGGAUGAGGUUUGGGCACAGAAGAGAGACAAGGAAGAGAAAAAGAAGCGGAAGGACGUCACCGAUGCACGUGCUGAGAAACUCUCACGAUCUGAUUCUGGUGCCAACGGAGAUCGGCAGGAUAUUGGGCCUGAUAAUAACAUCCGACGCCGUGGUAGCCUUCGGCAACGCCCCACGCAAAAGAAGAAUGAUGAUGUCGAAGUUGAGGGCCAAAGCCUUUUGCUGGUUGAAGAAGAUGAAAUCAGCGACGAGCAAAAGCCUCUGUAUGCUGGCCAUGUGGUGGCAGUGAUCGAACGUGUGGCCGGACAGAUGUUCUCUGGGACCCUGGGCCUCCUUCGCCCCAGCAGUCAAGCAACAAAGGAGAAGCAGGAGGCAGAACGCCUCGCCAGGGAUGGGAACAGUGGCCGUCCUUACGCAGAGCGUCAACAAGACAAACCCAAAAUCGUUUGGUUCAAGCCUACCGAUAAACGUGUCCCGCUCAUCGCCAUCCCCACUGAGCAGGCUCCCAGGGACUUCGUUGAGAAACAUCAGGAGUACGCUAACCGAAUUUUUGUUGCUUGCAUCAAGAGAUGGCCUAUCACUUCUCUUCAUCCUUUCGGAACCCUUGUGGAGCAGCUUGGUGAGAUGGGCGAUCCGAAGGUUGAGACAGACGCUUUGCUCAGAGACAACAACUUUGGAGCUGACGAGUUCUCCGAUGCUGUUCUCAAGAGCGUUGGCUGGGAAGGGUGGUCUCUCUCGACUGAGAGCGAGGCCCUUAUCGCCUCACGCCGUGAUUUCCGUGGAGAAACAACGUUUACCAUCGAUCCUACUGGGACAAAGGACUUCGACCAUGCCUUCCACAUCAAGAGUCUCUCUGAUGGCAAGGUAGAAGUCGGUGUCCAUGUAACUGAUAUUGCUCAUUUCGUCAAAGCCAACUCCUUGGUUGAUCGGGAGGCUAAGAAGCGGGGAACUGCUGUCUACCUCACUGAUCGAGUUGUAAGUAUGCUGCCAUCUAGGGUCUCCAGUGAACUCUGUUCUCUGCUUCCGGGCGAAGACCGUUUCACCGUCAGCGUCGUAUUCAAAGUCGAUUCUACUUCCGGUGUGGUCGAUGAUGACGUUUGGAUUGGGAAAAGUAUCAUCAAGAGCACUGGAAAACUUACUUACGAUGAUGUCGAUUCUAUAAUUACUGGUGGACAGUCGGGUGUCUCCAUAACAGGGAUCACCGCAGACGAUAUUCUGGCUCUGAAGACGAUUACUGGCAAAUUCCGUGAUGCAAGGUUCGGCAACCGCGUUUCAAACAUCCCAUCCCUUCGCCUCCUGCAUUUGCUUGAUGAUGAAAAUGUCCCUGUUGUUCGGAACAUUUUCGACUCAUCACCUGCCCAUGAACUCGUGGAGGAGCUGUGUCAUAAAGCGAAUGCCUUUGUUGCCCGGCAGUUGUUUUCGGCAAUUCCUGAAAAGGCUUUCCUCCGUCGCCAGGCGUCACCGAAUCCUCGCCGCUUGCAGACGUUCAUUGAGCGGAUGAACAGACUUGGUUAUGACAUUGAUCCUACUAGCAGUGGAAGUCUACAGAGCAGUCUCUCUAAGGUCACUGAUACCGACCUGCGCAAGGGAAUGGAGACACUUCUCAUGAAGGCAAUGCAAUGUGCGAAGUACUAUGUGGCCAGCACUGUGCCAGAUGAGCAGCGCCACCAUUAUACCCUGAACUUGCCAUUAUAUACCCAUUUCACAAACCCGUCCCGGCGCUACGCCGAUAUUAUCGUGCACCGUCAGCUCGAUGCCAUCCUCUCGGACUGGGCUGUCUCUUUCUCAGAUGACGUAGAGUCAUUGAGUAAGACGGCAGAACUUUGCAACAACAAGAAAGACUCGGCCCGUAAUGCGCAAGAGCAGAGUGUUCAUAUUGAAGCGUGCCGCAACAUGGACAGGAAACGGCAGGAAGUUGGUGGAGAUCUUAUCAGCGAUGGCAUUGUCCUGUGUGUCUACGAGUCUGCCUUUGACGUCCUUAUUCCUGAAUAUGGCUUUGAGAAGCGUGUCCACUGCGAUCAGUUGCCACUGAAGAAGGCCGAGUUCCGCAAGGAUACUCGUGUUCUUGAAUUGUACUGGGAGAAGGGCAUCCCGUCGUCAGCCUAUAUUCCCGAGGAUGAGCGUCCUAAGUCUGUUAAUUCACGUGCGGCUCAAGCUGCUGCUGCUGCGCGCGAAGCAGAGGCUGCUAAGGAGCGUGCUAGGGAAAGAGAAGAGGCUAUGCGGAAGCAGACUGAGACUGGAACGAUGUCUGCUGACGAUGUUGAUGCUCUUUUCGAUGACGAUGACGACAUGUCCGAGCUCACAGAAAUGGCUGCCGGCGUCUCAUUGAACUCCCCCGCCGAUCGCUCCACGCAGAGCAUGCCGCCUUCUCCAACUCGCAACGGCCUGCUCCAGCAAGCUCCUCAUCGCACGCGGUCCGACCCUAAGAUUGCAAGCAGCGCGAAUGAUGUUCCUGAGACCAGCUUGACGGAUAAGGAGAGAUACCUGAAGUUAUUCAAACUCAGGGAAGAGGACGGGGAGUUUAUCCAGGAUGUCACAGAGAUGACACGGGUUCCAAUUAUUCUCAAGACUGAUUUGACCAAGAGUCCGCCAUGCCUCACGAUUCGCUCUGUGAACCCCUACGCUUUAUAGAGCCGGGAUGUACCAUUUCCACUAUAUUAUGUUUAUACGGCCUAGCCUAAAGGUUGGGAAAUGCGAUUAUCACGGCAACCUUCCAGAUCCACUAUAAUGCUGUCGACUACUUCUAGUCCGCUGAGAUCUGCAAUUACAGACCUCCCCGCUUUUUCUAUUUUCCCCCCAUGCAUCAUUGCUUAAACCAGCCAGUGGUCUUUCCCUCGGCUUUGGGGGUUUUAUCGUAUAUCAGGAUUUAUCUUCCCCCUGUAUCAUUUUGACACCCAACUUAGAUGUCGUUUUGACCGAAAUCACAUAUCAAUCUGACAGGGUGGUACUAUGUGAAGAGUGCUUGCGCAAGGAAUGCAACCCGAGACCUCUAUAGCCGACUAUCGAAGUCGUCGGCGGAAGUUGAUGUGGGUUUCGGCGCGAGUCUGGAUCGAAAUUGGGCUAUGAUGGGUCUACUAAAACUCGUUAUUGUUUUUAGAUACUUGCAUGUCUUAUUGAGCGCAUUUGGAUGACUAUGCAGUUUCUACGGUAAUUGAAAGGUCUUGUUAGUAUUGGAAUACCCAAAUUUGUAUGUUGUAUUUGAUCGGGGAGCAUUCCUGCGGAUGUUCCAUGAAAGUUAUCGGCUUCGAAGGGCAAGGGAGACUGAAAGAAAAAGCCUUUAGAUAUGCAAUAGCAUUAAAUUACCCAUGCUGUCUAACUCUAGCCCAUGCCCUGCAGUGACUCCAUCUCCCAGGAUCCCAAUAUCGCUGCUACUCAGUAGCUUAGCUAGUUGCCAAUGUCCCAACCCUUUUAUAUAAUAAACGCCCUAACCGUUGCAUAAUUCGAAGUAUCCUUCCUUGCACUCCCCC